UUCAAAUCAGAGGUUGGCGAAGGCCAUCCGCAACAAGUCGACAGCCCUGACUUCGAUAAUGAGCUUCCUCCGCUGCGAUCAACCACCGAGCGCAAGCUGAUGGCCAAGAUUGAUUGGCACAUUUUGCCAUGCAUUUGCGUGCUUUACCUGUUGGCCUUCCUUGACCGUGUCAAUAUCAGCAAUGCGGCUACAUUGGGUCUUACCGAAGACCUUGGUAUCGCUACGGGCAUGAAAUACAACAUUGCGCUGACGAUCUUUUUCGUCCCGUAUAUUAUCUUUGAGAUUCCAUCGAAUAUCCUUUUAAAGAAAUUCAAACCUCAUGUCUGGUUGCCCCUAUGCAUGUUUGGCUUUGGACUCGUGAUGGUUUGCCAGGGAUUGGUCAAAAACUGGAGUGGAUUGAUGGCCACUCGUUGGUUCUUGGGAGUCUUUGAGACAGGCAUGUUUCCGGGAUGCUUCUACCUACUGGGUAUGUGGUACAAGCGCAGUGAAGCCCAGAAGCGUUUCAGUUUCUUCUUCAGCUCCACUACACUGGCUGGCGCAUUCGGCGGUGCGCUGGCGUACGGUAUCUCUCAGAUGAGCGGAGAUCGUGGCUACGCGGGCUGGCGCUGGGUCUUCAUCAUCGAAGGUUGCAUCACCUGCGUGGCUGCCUUUAUCUUGUUCUUCUUUAUGCCUGAUUUCCCAGAGGAUGUCAAGUGGUUGACCGACGAGGAGCGUGAGUUUGUUCAAGCCAAGCUGGCUAAAGACGUUGGCAAGUCGGCACACCAUCGCUCGAUGGGCUGGCGUGAAGUUGUGUCUGUCUUCAAGGACUACAAGGUCAUUCUCGGAGGAUUUAUGUAUUUCGGUCUUAUUGUUCCCGCAUAUGGAUACGCAUACUUCGCGCCCUCCAUUAUCAAGAGCUAUGGAUAUACCUCGGUGACAACCCAACUAUAUUCCAUUCCACCUUGGGCAGCAGCUUUUGGUUUUUCCAUGGUAAUUGCUUUCUGCUCUGAUCGCCUAAAGCAUCGCUAUGUAUUCACACUGAUCCCCAUCUGUGUUGCAAUUGCUGGAUUUGCCAUGUUGCUCAGCAUUCACGGCAAAGAGCACAGACAUGCCGAGUAUGGUGCACUCUUCCUGGUGACGAGCGGUGCUUACAGUGCUAUGCCUGUUAUCGUAUGUUGGUUUUCCAUGAAUCUAGGUGGUCAUCACCGCCGCAGUAUUGGUACCGCAUGGCAGGUUGGUUUCGGCAACAUUGGUGGUAUCAUUGCCACUUUCGCUUUCUUGAGCAAAGAUGCUCCGGACUAUACUACGGGACAUAGUAUUUGCAUUGCAUUCGCCUGCCUAUCCAUCAUCUCGUGCACAUUAUACCUUUUGGCUGUGCGGUACGAGAACCGCAAGCGUGACAACGCCGCCAUCGACCCCAAUACAGUGGCAGAGGAAGAAAAGGAGAUCUUGGGUGACCUUUCACCCACAUUCCGGUAUGACUACUGA